GUUUAUAUUUGAUCCGACACUUUAGGGUCUUGCUGUUAUUGUCAUUCAUUAUGGUGGCCCUCGCAUCCAAGCAAGUGGGCGUGAUAGUUGCUUUCUUGAUACUUGAUCUCUUAGCCCUCGUCGCCCUAGGGUUAAGGCUCUACGCUCGCUCUUUUACACGACGAGAGCUCAAGGCGCACGAUGUCUUGACUAUAAUUUCCAUGAUAAUGCUAGUGGGAUAUACCGCCUGCCUUCUUGUCUCCACCGUCAACGGCGGAGUUGGAAUGCACAUCGCCCGGGCGAUGGUGUCCGGCUUUGACGUUGUGCUGGGAUUAAAAGCAUUCUUCGCCUCUCAAUUCUUUUGGGCGGUCAGCAUCGCGAGCUUCCGUCUCGCAAUUCUGGACUUCUACAUUCAAACCUUCACCGUCUUCAAAUUUCGCAUCGCCGCGUACACCCUCGCGACCAUCGUCGUUCUAUUCUUCAUUGGAAGUCUGACGACGACACUGCGCUUAUGUCGCCCGAUUGCUUUCAAUUGGGAUACCACCCUCAAUGGCUCCUGUGGCAAUGAAGCGACCGCCGAGCUCGCGGCAGCCGCCUUCAACAUGGUCUUGGAUAUCGUGAUUGUCCUGCUGCCACUGCCAGUCACCUGGAAAUUGCAGAUGACGACACAGAAGAAGGCCGCGGCGGAUUUCACGUAUUGUACGGCGGACAGCGCGAUCCUCACUGUGGCUGAGAUGGCAGUGGGCAUCUUGGUGGCUUGUGUUCCUACCUUGGGCCCUGUCCUCCUUCCCAGUCGUCGAAAGCGAUUUACGGAGCGAGCGAAACCUGUGGGCGGUAGUGGCGUGAGUGGUGCUGGAAGCAGCAUUAGAAGCUUGAAGAAUAACAGUAGCCGGUGGCUGUUUAGCAAAUUCUCGACGAACAGUCAGCGGAACGCCACCAUCACUACUACAGUUACCCAUGACGAUUCCCGUGAUUCGCAGAGCGAGCUUGUUUGCAAGCAUUCCCAAACCCCUCAAUCGACUGGGGAUAUCGCUGUAUGGCGGGAGUUUGAGCUCACAGUAAAAUGAUCUCCUACGCUUCUUCGCUUUUUGUCCUCACCCUUCUUGGUUUCGUCGAGAGAGUUUGAGGAUAAGGACUCAUUGUUAUAAGAUCUGGCCUGGUAUUAAACUCUCAGUGUUGCUUCGAUUUGUUCUGGU